AUGUCUGGCCUCCUCGAUACAACUCGUAACUUUUCUCUAUACAGUGUCCCGGCAGCAUGGCUCCUGGCUCACAUCCCUCAUAUGUACGCUGUCAGCUCGUCUAAAUGCUUCGAUAACCGCUCCCCCAGAGACUAUCCAAAAAGUCUCGAGGCUGAUCAGAGCAUUGAAAAGGCUAAAAAGAACCGACUUCGCAGAGCCCACGCCGCCGCAUCUAAUGGCUACGAAAGCAUCGGGUUUUUUGCUUCUGCAGUCGUAGCUGGAAAUGUUGCGGGACUUUCCCACUCAACAUUAAAUACCCUCAGUGGCGCAUACCUAAUUAGUCGUGCGGUUUAUAAUUUCAUAUAUAUAAGUAAUGAGAGUCAAGGGGCAGCAGCAGCAAGAAGUUUGGUUUGGCUUUUCGGAAUUGGACAGAUUUUGACGUUGUUCAUCAAAACUAUGUCUAACAACACCAUACCAACAGUUGAGGGGGGCAAGAGGAUAGUCUUCACAGGAGGUAGUGGCAAAGCAGGGCGCCACGUUAUCCCAUAUUUACUCUCCAAAGGACAUAAGGUCUUAAAUCUUGACCUAAUUCCAUUUCCGGAUCCAUCUGUUGAUGUAUAUACACUCAAAACAGACCUCACAGAUUCAGGUCAAGUUUUCAAUGCCUUCACAUCCCAUUUUAACAUGUCUGGAUACAAUGAAGGACCGGUGCCCGGCCCUCCAGAUGUGAUUAUACAUUUUGCCGCCUACGCCCGAAACAUGCUUGUACCUGACAGCGAACUCUUUCAAGCCAACACUCGUAGCACAUACAACGUGAUUGAAGCAGCCAGCAAACUUGGCGUGAAGAAGGUCAUAAUAGCUAGCUCCGAGACCGUGUAUGGAGUAUGUUUUGCACAAGGAGAUACCGAUUAUCAUUCCUUUCCUCUAGAGGAAGACUAUGAUGUUGAUCCCGAAGAUUCUUACGCUCUAUCCAAGAUAUGUGGCGAGAAGACUGCUCGUACAUUUGCGAAACGGUUUAAGUCAGAUAUAUACGCGUUAAGAAUUGGGAACGUGAUUGAACCGCAUGAGUAUAAAAGAGACUUUCCAGGUUUCAUGGAGGAUCCUAUGUGUAGGAAACGGAAUGCCUGGAGUUACAUUGAUGCAAGGGAUUUGGGUCAAAUUUGUGACUUGGCGAUCAAGAAAAAUGACCUGGGGUUUCAAGUCUUCAAUGCCACAAAUGAUGGCAUCACAAUACCUGGGGAAGAAAAGACAGAAGACUUUUUGAAGAGAGUUUGUCCAGGAACGAAGGCUACAAGAAAGUUGGGAGAGAGGGAAGCACCAUUGAGCAAUAGAAAGAUUAGAGAAGUACUGGGAUUCAAGGAACUCCAUGACUGGCGCAGUUAUGUCGAUUGA